AUGAGAACGUCCCUCAGAACAGUUCCUUCUCCAGACUCAUUUAGUAGGCAGGCUACGUCUGUAAUCAGCUUGGGCCAGGUUAGAUCUGGCCCACAGACCACCAAUGAGUAUGUUGAUAGUCCCCGUGCUCAGCCCUUACACUCGCUCAAGCCCCAACUGGCCGUUGUAGGCAGUGGAGGAGGAGGCGGAAUCAGCUCACCUGGAUUCGCUCACAGAGUUAUUCUUCCGUCUCGAGGAGGCAGUACUGGAAGUCCAAGGCAGACGUUGACAACAUCACCAGCUCCAAUAGUUUCUCAGCAACUCUUACCAAAGUCUCCGCCUCUGAAGAAAGAUCCAGUAAUUUUGCUGGAUGCAAGCAGAGGCGGGGAUGGAGCAGAAUGUGCCAAUGGCAGUAUUGCUGCUGCCACUGUGGGGGCCAAACAUGGGGAGGGUAUCAUUUGUGACCAAUGUGGAAAGUGCCGGUGUGCAGCUUGUACAGAACCACGCCCACUACCGUCUCAUUGGUGUUGUCAUGACAGCUGUGAGGUCAGCCCAGAUAGAGUGCUGGACGUGUGCACGUGUUUCUGCUGUGUCAAGGGGAUGUUUUACCACUGCGGAGCAGAAGAAGAUAAUGAGUGUUAUGAGAAACCAUGUGGCUGCUGCUCAACCCCACAUUGUUGCCGGAGAUGGACAGUGCUCAGCGUGAUGGCCAUGUGCUUGCCAUGCUUGUGGGCGUACUGGCCGGCUAAAGCCUGCUUGGCUGCUUGUACUUCUUGCUACAACCGCUGCAGGCACAAGGGAUGCCAGUGCAGUGUGGAACAUAAAAAAGAGACCUCUACGCUUUCAAGUGGUGGAAGCAGUGGUAAUGGUUGUGUUAGCGGUGGCAUUGGGCUGGAGAGUCACUCCAAAAACUCACAAACACAGCGACUUCUGAUAGAGUCAGACUCAUCCAGUGCAUAA